AUGCAUUCCGUGAGGAAAGUAGCUGUCAUUGGCGCAGGACCAUCUGGCCUCGCUGCCGUCAAAUAUUUGCUGGCUGAGCGGCAUUUUGAACGAAUUGACGUCUUUGAACAAAGAAGCUCUGUGGGAGGAGCUUGGAACUAUAGUCCAGACACUUUGAAAACACCAUUGUCAACCACUGUCCCGCAGUUGAACCCCCAUGAAGCCCUCGAGAAGCCAACAUGGAUCGGCCAAGUCGACAGUCGGCGGGAAGCCAACUUUGUAUCGCCUAUCUACGAUCGAUUGGAAACCAAUCUUCCAAAGGAUCUGAUGCGUUACUCCGAUCAAGCAUGGCCGGCAGACACGCAACUCUUCCCCAAGCACCCGACGGUCAAGCAAUACCUCGAAGAAUAUGCCGAGGAGAUCAGGAACCAUAUUCAGUUCGAGACUCAGGUUGUCGAUGUAAGCUUUCAAUCUGCGGGACCGGAGAACUGGAUCAUUACGACAAGGAACCUCCAAACACGAAACGAUACUGUCGGCACUUAUGAUGCUGUGGUGGUUGCGAGUGGUCAUUUCACCGUCCCACAUGUCCCGGACAUCGCAGGAAUACAAGCUUGGAACUUAUCCUAUCCUGGGGCAAUCUCUCACUCCAAAUUUUACGAUUCCCCGGAAUCCUUCCGAGGGAAGAAAGUUGUCGUGGUAGGAAGCUCAGCUUCAGCCCUCGACAUUGGCGCGCAGAUCAACGAGUUUAGUAAAGGUCAACUUUUGGUCUCUCAAAGAACAGAGUCAUGGAUGGCUGCCGCUUCGACAGAUGAGAAAAUCACUUGUCCAGAGAUCGCCGAGUUUCUUCCCUCGGCAACCCAUGACCGAGGCGUACGAUUUGUGGAUGGCCAUAUUGAGGAGCACAUUGAUUCGGUUGUCUUCUGCACUGGGUACUUCUACUCGUAUCCUUUCCUGUCGUCCCUCAACCCACCGGCUGUUACACACGGAUGGCGAACUAUGAAUGUUUACCAACAAUUGUUCUAUAUUGAAAAUCCUACGCUCGUCUUCCCUGUGCUUUCCCAGCGGGUGAUUCCAUUCCCAAUGGCAGAGAACCAUGCCGCUCUCUUCUCUCGAGUUUGGUCGGGCCGGCUCACACUACCACCCAAAGAAGAGAUGAAGGCAUGGGAGGAGGCCGAAAUUGAAGCCAAAGGAGAUGGAAAAAACUUCCAUUUACUUCCAUACCCAAUGGAUGCCGACUAUCUUAACCUUCUCUACGAUUGGGCAGCCAAGGCCACACCGCGACCUGGGCUCCCUAACAACGGGCAAGGUAAACUUGGUACUCGGUGGGGUGAGCGGGAAAGGUGGAUGCGGGCGCUAUUCCCGGACAUUCGGCGUGCUUUUGUUCAGCGAGGCGAUGAGCGAAGCAAGGUCAAGACUUUGGCGGAAAUUGGCUUUGUAUUUGAAGAGUGGAAACAAGAGGGCAAACUAUAA